AUGGAGGAACUUCUCUACAUUCAUCAAUCACUGCAAGAGUCUCAAGUGGCGGACGCGUUACUUCAUCGCUGUUUAAACUUCGCAGCUCACCGCACUGUGCGAUUACUUCACAGUCUUCGCUGGCGUUUACUGUUGGGUCUACUCUCUGUAGAUGUGAAUGCUGAUAACUACACUGAGGAAUGGAUACAGUCCACCCGCAAACAUAUAGAGGAAUGGAAUAAUAUACAUAAUACUGUUGAGCAGCGUUCUCGUACGGUUGCCUCUGUUGGGCAGCACUCUCAGAAGAAAAUAUGUUUUGGUGAUAGUGAUUCCUCUGAUGAUGACAAUAAUAAUAAUAAUGGUGAGAAUGUAGAUAAUAGUAAAGUGGAGAAUCCACUACAACCGACUGCAGGUGGUGCGUACGCCCUUCGAUAUCUUGUGGAUGAAAUUCGUACCAUUGCACUUAAAGAUAUUGUUAGACUUCACUGGGAUCUUCCACUCUUUGAACAAGAGAAUAUAAAAGAAACCCUUUUAAAUAUUCUUGUGAAUUAUUGUCUCCGACAUAACUGUGAGUAUAGACAGGGUAUGCAUGAGAUUGCAGCCUUUGUUUUAUACUUAACCCACACAGAUGCGUUCCUCAUUCAUAAUCUUUCUAGAGAAGACGCAGGCGUUCACACUACUUUGCUUCAUACAUUUACUAUUGUUUGUCCACUUGAAGGUGUAACGGCACUGUCAUUUUUUAUUUUUGAAUCUAUUAUGACUUCACGUGGUUUAAACCUUUCAAAAUGGUUUUAUAAGAAUCAUGCGGAUGAUAGUAUGCGUGAUGAUAUAGUGAGCGCAGCACACAAAGUUCAAGGUGAGUUUUUAGAACGACUAGAUCCAGUAUUACAUAAUCAAAUGAAUGUGGUUUAUAGUAUUGAGGGAACAUCCUAUUUAAUACGUUGGUUACGUCUUUUAUUUCUUCGUGAGUUUUCUCUUAUUCAGUGUGCGGAUUUAUGGGAUGUAUUUCUCUCGGAACGAUUCUUGCUAGGAGAGAGUGUGUACAACCUAUCUGAAAGCACAGUUACUAUGUUUGCCGCCGUCAUGCUAUUGUAUGUGAAGAGUGAACUCAUGAUGGAUUGUAUAGAUGCACUCAGACGUGUGAUGAAAUACCCGCCCGUUGAGGAAAUUGGCCCGCUGGUGGAAAUGACAAUUGCGCACAUGCGGCCGCAGAGAAAUGAAAUGCGUCGGCACUUCACUCCACCAGAGAAUGAGCAGCUGCAGACCCUUAUUCAACAACAACAACAAAAAGAAAGAGAAAGAAAAGAAGAAGAAGGACAACAGUAUAAUAAUAAUAAUAAUAAUAAUAAUAAUAGGGGGGAAGAAAAUAAAGAGAUAGAGGAAGAAAGAAUUGUACCAAAGCCCACACGACAUGAAAUGAUGAAUCAGCAAGGUCUUAUCUUAAUGACUAUUAUUGAAAAUCUCGAGAAACAUUGCUUUCCGCGAGCUAACUUAUCGCCUGAAGAAACCGUUCUUAUUAUGGACAACUACGUUCAGUCUGUUGCUGAACUUAAGAGAGUACGUGACGUACUUUUGUCUGAUAUUGAAAAUAACCUUUACGAUUGA